AUGUCACUCUUUACCGCGCAGCUUCAUCCAGGUCGAGCACUGGGCUUUCUAGUCCUUGGCGCAACUCUCCAUGAUGUCCUUACCCGUCUCAAAGCCGAACCCCAGCGCUUCCCAAAGAUCGAGCUACUUUACUCCCCCGACCGCCCCGUAACCGAACCUGUUGGGGUUGAGCUUCCUGGAAAUGGGAUGCGACUGAGGUUUGAUGGCCCAGAGCAGCGUUUGCGGCUUAUCGAAGUUACCGACUUUACCAAGAACCAUAUCACUUUCAAAGAAAGGGACCUUGUUAAGCCAACUGCUGGUUCUUCGGCUCCUGGAUCACCUGUACCGGGAGACUCGACAUCAGGGCCUACUUUUCGACAUAUUUACCACAAACUACUCGGCCCUACAUACGCUGGAGAGUUCAUCCACCCACCUAGUCCUCAUGACAACGGGAUAUACGUCUUGUCAUAUCCAGGCGUUGCGUUCAACUUCUCCUUGAACCCUUCCGAAUACUCGCCUGAAAAAGAUGUAGUAUCGACCUUUGCAACGGCUUCCAGUCAAGUCGCGACCUCGAUGGCUGUCUUUAGUGGUGAUUCGUGGGCAGAUGCCAGACCGACUCUGUGGACCGAGAUCCUUCCGAGUAUCAAGUCUACUACUGUGAUACCUCGUGGAAAAGACGUUUACCCGGAUGAGAUCUCGCUUGUUCGAUUGCAUGGUGGUGGAAAAAUACAGUUGUUCAGGAAAUGGACAAGCAACUGUUUCUGGAUCACCCUGGGCGAAACGACACCCCAAGAUCUUCUCAUGGAGUUGGGUCCUCCAAACGCCAUAUAUCGCAAGAAUGAUCAAAAGAUGGUCAUUCAUAAGAUGCGCACAGCAAGUAACACAAAGGUUCGUCCCGAUGCGGCAGAUAUUGGUCGGCCUGAAGACCUCACCGACACAGAUCAGUCUUCUAUGCAUGACGGGUCUGACGGAUCCGACAAUGAGGAAGCUAUUGAUGACCAAAUUGGUCUCAACUCAAGUGGUGAAUGCUUCUAUAAUUACUUUUUUCUUGGCUUUGACAUUUUGAUAUCCACUCGCGUGCCUCCAUCGCAAGCUCCUCCGGGGAGCAAGACCAGUGAAGCAGAGGGCCAGAGCGGUAUCAUAUCGCACUCUCCCGACCGUUUGGUGGCAACGAAGCUGGUACUUCACGGUAACAUACCUGGGUCAUAUGAGUUCAACCGUCAUCGUCGCUGCCGCUGGGAGAUCGCAUAUCUGGACUCCCUAGAUGAUGGCAGCCGACCAACAAACUCAGAAACAUCUUUCCCACAGAUAGAAGACCGUAUGAACGCAGCAUGGGCAUCUGCAUUCCCUCGAAACGACUCACAGCAAAGGCAACGCGGUAUGGUCCUUAAUCGAGGCUGGGGCGACAGUCCGGGCAGUAGUUGUGAGUUCUUGGGAGGGUGGGAGGAGAGCGGUGCAAAGCGAGCAGAAGCGAAUGGCGAUUCUACGACGACAUUAUAUGGAUUCCCAGGCAUGGUAUUUGAAGUUCUGAGGAACGGGCACGUCAAUACUGUGACAGUGUUUUGA